GAACGUGACUGGUACCAGGACACACAGCAUACCCACAGCACAGGCACAGCAUAUGCUUCUUUAAUCUAGCUAAUACGGGCAAAAUGUUGUACAGUAAAUGCCUCCGGGCUUCUUUUAACUGUUCCUUAAGGCAAGCAAUAAACCCAAGGUUUAUCCACGUGGGAUCUUCUCUACAACAGAAAGUACAGAAUGCAGAAGUCGAAAUGCCACCUUGUGAUUAUGUUCCAGAACCUUAUGAGGGUACUUCAUUUGAAAAAGCAAAAGAAAUCAGAAAAACAAAGUUAAGUCCUGGCCUGGUAACAUAUUACAAGAACCCUGUUUAUAUUUGGAAGGGUCACAUGCAAUGGCUUUGGGACACGAACAACAAGCGUUACCUGGAUUUCUUUGCAGGGAUUGUCACUGUUGGUGUUGGUCAUUGUCAUCCGCAUGUGAACAAGGCAGCUAAAGCUCAAAUGGACAAGCUGUGGCACACUACUAACAUAUAUAUGCACCCUUCCAUCCAUGAGUAUGCUGACAUGUUGACAGAAAGGUUUCCAGGAAACCUCAAGGUUUGUCAUUUUGUAAAUAGUGGAUCUGAAGCUAAUGAUUUGGCUCUGCUGAUGGCCAGGAUACACACUGGAAACUUUGACAUUGUUCACCUCAGGAACUCUUACCAUGGUACUUCUUCUUCACUGCUUGGAGUUCUGAGCCACUCUCCAUGGAAACCAAACGCUCCUAUCAGCUUCGGAAACUUUGCGACUAUGAAUCCUGAUGUGUAUCGAGGACCUUGGGGUGGAGCAAACUGUAGAGAUUCUGUUGCACAGACGCAACGAACAUGUAACUGUUCUCCGGGUCAAUGCGAGGCAUCUGACAAAUAUGUCGAGCAGUUAAAAGAUAUGUUGAUUCACUGCAAUGGAAAAAAGGUUGCUGGUUUUAUUGCUGAAACGAUCCAGGGAGUUGGUGGAAGUGUUCAUCUUCCCAAAGGUUAUUUGAAAAAAGCCUACGAACUGAUCAGAGAACGUGGUGGCCUGUGCAUAUCAGAUGAGGUCCAGACCGGAUUUGGUCGUCUUGGAAGCCACUAUUGGGGAUUUGAAGCAAACGAUGUCAUGCCAGAUAUUGUAACGUUGGCGAAGGGUAUCGGUAAUGGCUAUCCCAUGGGAGCUGUUAUAACUACUCCAGAAAUCUCUGCCAGCUUUGCACAGUCGGUUUAUUUCAAUACUUAUGGAGGGAAUCCAGUUGCAUCUGCAGUAGGAAAAGCAGUUCUGGAGGCAAUCGAUAGCGACAAGCUACAAGAAAAUUGUAAUGUAGUGGGAACUUAUCUUCUUGAAGAAGCACUCAAACUCCAAAAAGAGUUUCCAGGAUUUGUAGGAGACGUAAGAGGAAAAGGAUUGAUGACGGGAAUGGAAAUGGUGACUGACCCGGAAUUAAAGACACCCAUGCCAGCCGACCAGAUAGUGCCAAUCUGGGAAGAUUGCAAGGAUAUGGGAUUACUGCUUGGAAAAGGAGGGUUACAUGGAAAUGUAUUCAGAAUCAAACCUCCAAUGUGUAUCACUAAAGAUGACGUGAAUUUCGCAAUAUCCGUCAUGAGGAUAGCGUUGCAGCGACACGCUGAUCGGCAAAACUAAUGCCUCGAAAGUCUUUCUCGAAUCUUAUUUAGCACCAAUUUCAAAAUCAGUAAUAAUAAUUCGUUUAGUGCCCUUAAAAUAAUUUGUAGUUUUUGUAGAGUAAAAACACUAAAAGUGUGCAACAGUUUAUACGGUACAUAUUAAGUGUAGCCUACAAUAGACGUACAUUGUUGUAGAGUACAAACACUAAAAGUAGCUAAAAGUGUGCAACACUUUGCACUAUUUAGUAGUAAAUAGUGCUGAUUAAACAAUAGAAAACAAUAGGAUUAGCAUAAUUUAGCAGUAUCUAGUGGUAUUUAUGUUACACACUUAUAGUGUUUGUACUCUAUCAUUUUUGUAAAAUGAUACUUAUUCAUUUGUCUCACGCGGGUCAUUUGUAUAGAAGGACCGCGACGUUUCGACUACAAACUGCUAGUCUUCAUCAGGCGAGGGUGUAGACUUGAUGGUUUGUCCAUAGUUAAUGGAGCUGUUAUAUAGCACUUGUCAGAACAUCUGUGCUGUGUUUGGUUGUUAUGUCUCCAUCCUGAGUGUUUUGUUAUUGCCGGUAUCCACAUAUAUAACACUGUCCCUAUUGAUGUUAUUAGGCUGGAGUCGGAUCUGAAUGGCUUCUUGGACUCUGCGUGUACACCAAAUUGAAAAAACGUCAGGUUCGAGAAGGUCAUAUCAUCGAAGCUAAGACCGAAAAGGAUUUUGGGUACUCCGAAUUGUGUAUUAUAUUUGCAUAUAGAGAAGUAAAAAUGCACAGUAGAGCAAAGUCGGUCGACUUAGAUUAACAUGCCAAAGCCGUUCUCCAAAGAUUUGCGCUGGAAAGCUGUUUGGCUGCUUCCCAUGCUCCCCUUCGGUCUUAGCUUUGAUGAUAUAACCUUUUUUGAACCCGACAACGUUUUUUCAAUUAGCUGUAUACCAAUGGUGGUCUCGAUAUAUACAUUCAACAUCCUCCCAGCCAGGAUGAUGUCCUGUAUAUUUCCACGAUAAAUGAUCCAUGACUGUGAUAAUAUAUGUAAACGUUGAACAAGUAGGCGAAAGUAUUCAUGUACAAAUACUCCAGUUUCGAAUUAUCCGCUCUACAGAGUUCGCCUCGAUUUUGUAUGGAAUUACUUUGAAUAUUCAUGCAUUUCGGUGAAGGUUCCGUGAAAUUUCAAAGUGUUUUUACAGUUGAAGCUGUGCAUUCUUUACUUUACCAUUGGUAUUUUGUGAAUAUUUGGACACUGAAAUGAGGCUAACCCUAGGCCUGUAUAAAUGAGUCUGUGAUCAAGGAACACAGGUAUUCAACUAAUUCGAAAAGGGUCUAUUUCUCAGAUUCUGAUGAACGUUAUCACAAGAAUAGCCGAUUGAAGUGUCAUGGCUUAUAAAAUUUACGCGUUCCGAAACACUAAUAAGUAAUUCUCAGAUUUAGUCUUAAUUUUCGUUUGUAACUAGGUUGGCAUUGUGAUGUUAACAAUAGCUUGUGUCACACAGUAACUUAACUAGCGCCAUGCUUCGCAACCUCAAGAAUAUUGCUAGACUAUUUCCACACUUACUUAUGUACAACUUCAUCAUCAAUUCAGCUCGUACUUCUUUGUGAAAAUACACUCGGAAAAUCCUUAUUAUAACCUCGUAGUUCAGUUCGAUCAAGAGCUAAAAUAGUUACAGGCUAUUUUCAUGAACAGUUCACUUGACCUAUCCCUUAAAACAACGAGGUUUGCACCUAAAAUUUAGAUACAGAAUUCUCAACUCUCGCGCAUAAUAUGUUACUUCUAGACUAUGAACACAACCUUGUUUGAAAAAAUCUGGAUCAGGCUCUGUAUAAAUAGUAAUGUUUUCUUUUUGUCUUAUUCUCCUCUAGCCCAAGUCUAACAUAUUCCAGCUUUUAUUCUAAUUAUGAAAUAAAGCUUUUUUACCCAGUC